AUGUCUUCUGAUGCACCUUCUUCGUCUACUCAAAAUCAACGUUUUAUUGAUAUUGAAUCAAAUAUACUUUUACGAGCAAUCUCAGGUUAUCAGAAUGAACCACUCGUAACACUCGAAAAAGCAAUUGCACCUAUUAAACAGCUCCUUGGUGAAGAUAUUGAAACGGAUAUUUACCUCGCAAAAAUGAAGUCAAAGCGUCCAAAAGAUGGUUUAACGCAAGAUGAAAGUGGAGCCGUUCAAUUACUUACUAUGGACAGUAGUAGCUACAAAGAAAGUCUAUAUUUUAUUCUCAAUCAGACAUUACGUUCGAAAAAUCGACAACUACUAAAAAUCUGGUAUUCCUAUCUACAAUUAUUAUUAUCUGGUUUAUGGAAACUACCCAAUGAAAAGAAAAUAAUAUGGCAUGGUGCGAAAGGAAAUUUAAGUGAUCAAUUCGAUAUCGAUGAUGAUAUUAUAUGGUGGGGUUUCAAUUCUUGUUUAGAAUCAUUGAAUGUAUUGGAAAAUGAAGAAUUUCUUGGUAAGACUGGAGCACGUACUUUGUUUAAAAUUGAAUCAUGUAGCGGAAAAGUAAUUCGUAAUCACUCGUUUUUUGAAGUAGAAAGCGAAGUUUUAUUAUUGCCCGGCACUCAACUAGUCGUAGUCGGAAAAGAGAUACACGAACCAGAUACUUAUAUUAUACAUUUGAAAGAGAUAGAAAAACCAGCAGUACAACUUUUGAAACCACCAUUUCCACAAGGAAAUGAAAUACAACAACAGGCAACUAUCAGAAUGGAGGAAGAAGAAGAAGAACAUAUUACGACUACUGAAGUCGUAGAAUUGGAAGUGAUUGAACCAGAAAUCUAUUCAAAUGUUCAAGAACUUGUAAAACAAUUAAAAGCAAAUACAGCGGAUAGUACUUUGCAACUUAAUCGAUUUAAAAAUUUAUCAACUGAUGAUGCUAAAGCUAUAGCAGAUGGUCUUAAAAUAAAUACGAGUGUAACAUACUUGUAUUGUGGACAUCCAAAAGAUUUAUCGCGUGAAAGUAUGAGAUGCAUUCUUGAAGGAUUGAAAGUAAAUAGAACGAUCGAUCAAUUAAAUCUGACAGGUAGUGAAAUACCCAACUGUUGUGAUCUUAUCGCUGAAACUUUGAAAGUCAACGUGUCAUUGACAACGUUGUGGCUCGAAGGUGAUGUAAUUAAAACUAAUGAUGACGUGAAAGUAUUGGCUGAAGCUCUGAAACGAAAUAUGAGAUUAGAAAUUUUAGUUUUGAGAAACACUCGAAUUGAAGAUGAAGGAGCAAUUUUUCUCAGUGAGAUGUUAGGAAUGAAUUACGCAUUGAAACAGUUAGUCAUCGACUGUGGAAAAACAGAUACAAACAAUUAUGGUCAAACACACAGUGAUUAUAAUAGAAUAACAGAUCGAACAGCUAAAGCUAUAGCUACUGCUGUGAGUAGAAAUGGAUCCUUGACACAUUUGUAUCUCGAGAGUAGUGAAAUUGGAGACGAAGGAGCUGUUGCUUUUAGUGAAAUGCUGAAAAUAAAUAGAAAAUUAAUGAUUUUGAGUCUUUCGAAGAAUAAAAUAACCGAUAAAGGAGCCACAGUAUUAGCCAAAGCAUUAGGUCAUAGUUCAGGACUGCGUUACUUAUCAGUAGAUGGAAAUCUUAUAACACAAACAGGUUAUAGUGCACUGGAACUAGCAGCACAGAAUAGUUUACCAAGAAUUUCCAUAGAUUUCUAUAGUCAAUAA